GCUCCCCCCUUGGGUUCCCUUCACCAGCAGAGGAGAGGAGAGGAGGGGGGGGGAAAAAAAAGAGAAGGAAUUUGCGAGAUAGGGAAAGGGAAGCAAACUUGUGGUAUGGAUGAGCUACCGGUAUCGGAAGGGGCAGAAUAGGAGAACGGAAUAAAGUAUGAUAGAGAAAAAAAAGUGAGGGGAACAAACAUCCAGAUGCGAUAUCUAUACGGGGUUUAUCUCCAUAUGGAGGUCAGAACUACAGAAGACACCUAUCGUACACAGAACAAACAGAGUAAAGUUCGUUAGCCCAUCCCGCUCCCUCUCUCACUCUUUUUUUGUCCCCCUUCUCCCCUCUCCCCUCACCCCUAUCUCUUUUCUCCCCACUUCGCUUCCCCUAUCCAUAUUUUCAUUUUCUUUAUCCUCUCUCUACCCUCGCUCUACCAUCCCUCUCUUCUCCGGUAAUCACACCCCAAUAUCCAACCUAUCGGCGCAUUUCUACCUCAACUACUACGACCGACCAGCGCAAUGCCCACCGCAAGUAUGGAUUCUCACGAAGUGACGACAAGGCUGCAUGUUGACGAGUUGAUCCUGGAAUACCUGCUAUGGUUCUGUACCUCUAGCCUCCUGAAAGAGCGACGGCUGCGAUUGGGUGAUUGUGUCGGGAAGCAAGAGUGGACCGACGCAGCGAAAUCGGCCGAUAUGGGGAUGCGUCUGGUCAAUUGUAAUCGUCCUCUCCUGUCCCCCUCGGUUCCCUUCCUUCCUUCCAUACUAAUGAGGACUGUGCUUGUGCAAAUGAUCAGCCUUCAGCCAAACCUUCAAACGUCUCCACCCCAAUUCUAUUCUCCCGGAUAGCAUCGCCCUUCGUCAGCGCAUAUGCCGUUUCACGACAGUCUUGCUGCGCAGACUCGAUGCCACCAGUCCGACGUUCACCCGAGCGUCGCAAUCCAGCGCGCGAACACGCGCCUGGCUCUCACGCAAGCGCGCCAGCAACGUCAUCGAGGACCUGACCUCAUCAUCACCACCAUCUAAUGUUCCUAUCGCAUCCGAAUUCUCGCAAACGCCAUUUCCACCGUCAAACCUCCGACGCAAUACGGAAGAGAUGCGCAGCCAGAUGGGGUUCUCUGGCAUGCCAGCCGUGCAUCAGGUGUACUGGGGAAAUAUUUCUCUCCGCGAGGGAUUGAGGGAGUUCAUGAUCCUCAGCAGUUGGACUUGUGCUUUCAAUGAUGAGGUCAGCACUCUGUGGAUGGAGACUGCAACAAACUAUAUGGUUCAGGGUGUCCUCGAGGCAUACCGAUGCGAGGGCGCGAAGGGGAUCGAUGCGCUGAACGAGUGCUUUUCCUGGGGGCCCACGGCCAAUGGUCAAGAAGGUUUAGAUGACGAUGAAAUCGUGGUCAACGAGAUGUUUGGUGGCGAUAGUGGGAGUGUCGGAGUGUUGUUCGAGAAGAUGAAGACUGAGGCACUUUUGGAGGUAUGCUUUUUCUUCCCCUUGAUCCUGGCAAAUUACCCUUACGUGUAUGACUGAUGGGUGAGCGGGAAGGUCUUACCACCGGUCAAUACAUCUUUAGAAACGCACAUGGACCAAUUAGCGGAAAAACACACGUGGGCGGUUUUCGAAGAAACCUUGGUGGGCGGGUAUCUUACGGCGGUAAUAUCUGCGCAGCCGUCGCCGGUUUUAUUACAAGUAUUCAUUUUCCGGUUUUCCCAAGAUAGUGGGUGAUACUAACGAUGGAUAAAUUAAUAGCUGGAGAACGGCAAACUCAACGGCUUUGAAGAUAAAGAUAUCUCGACACUCCUGGCAAAUGCUGGUGCUCUCAUUCGAUGA